AUGUGCCCUAUUCUCGUAGAAGCUUGUGGCCCUAAAUCAGGCCCCUCGCGGCCCCAUCACGGCCCCGUCGCCACCACUAACGGCCCCGUCGCCGCCCCUAUUGGCCCCGUCGCCGCCCUUCGCGACUACGUUGCCACCCUUCGCGGCCCCGUCGCCCCCCCUAGCGGCCUCGUCGCCGCUCUUCGCGGCCCCGUCGCCGCCUCUAGCGGCCCCGUUGCCGCCCUUCGCGGCCCCGUUGCCGCCUCUACCGGCCCCGUCGCCGCCCUUCGCGGCCCCAUCGCCGCCUCUACCGGCCCCUUCGCCGCCUCUACCGGCCCCUUCACCGCUGAGCCGCCCAGCAGCUGA